GUCGUUAUCGCCAGUCCCGCAGAGCCUUUAACGAGCCAAUCGCUCAACUGUCUCGAUGACUCUUCAAGCGGAGGAUGUAGCGCACCCUUGAUCGACGGCGACGGCCAACAAAAAUAAAAGGGUCUAUUUGAGUCUGGAUCGCACACGUAUGCAAAUGGAAAAAGCAGCAGUCUAAUCGGCCCAAGUAGAAGAGGCAAAAGAGGAGCAGUCGAGUACCCUAGGAAGAGAUGCCAUAGGUUGAUUAGAAGGAAAAAAGUCUGCAGGUGACACAGGGCAGUUGUGCUUUUCACAGAUACUCGAUAGAAGCCUAUCUUAUUCUAGGUUAGCAGGUGCAAGAGGGAGUAGCCUACCUGAAGGGGCGGAACAACAAAGUCAUAGAAAGUUAUUCCUCUUGCUUCAUUUGAAUAGAACAGAACCAUCUUCCUCGAUUUAUCUGCAGGGCAGUGCCUCUCAAGCUCCACUGCAUCGAUAUCCCUUCGACUUUCAACACUAUCCCUUGAGGGCUACUAGUCGUGAUAGAUCCGACUACUCCGUGCAGUCUAUUUUUUGACCCUCUGCAAAAGUCAAGGGACUCAAAUCGAGGGACAGAGCAGCGACAACUCUUUCGCAAUGAGCAGUCCACCGUCGUCCCCUUUGAUGGACCCAGUCACAAUCAGCGAGGACAUUGCUCCAUUGCCGUCCUUCAAGGCCAGUGGUGUUGCGACUGUCGAUUUCGAUGGCGUUCUCUCCGGUCCUCUCAAGGUGCACGAAGAUGUGCGAUCUGGUUGUGGUGGGCAAACGUGGCCCGCGGGAAUGCUUCUCGGCAAGCAUAUGUUGCGUUACCACAAAGACCGGCUUGCUGACGCUCGGAUAUUGGAACUUGGAGCUGGCGGCGGUCUCAUCGGUCUUGCCGUCGCCUUAGAAUGUCAGCUUCAAAAUCAGUUGUUAGUGACGGACCAGCUGGAGAUGUAUGAGCUGAUGAAGCACAACAUCGAGCUAAACAACCUACAAGACAAGGCCAAGGCGAUGGUGCUCAACUGGGGCGAAGACUUGCCAGCUGCCGUGUUGGAGCAAAAGCCAGACGUGAUAUUGGCUGGCGAAUGCGUCUAUUUCGAACCUGCUUUCCCUCUCCUGAUGUCUACGCUUAAGGCUCUAUUAGAGCUUAACCCCGCAGCCGUCGUGUACUUUUGUUUCAAGAAGAGGAGACGCGCGGACAUGACCUUUGUCAAAAUGGCUAAGAAAGCGUUCAAGGUCGAAGAAAUAUUCGACGAGGAUAGGCCCGUUUUCCAGCGCCAGGGCCUUUUCCUCUUUUCUUUCACCAGCCGCCCAACCACAAGCCAAACGAAAGCUACCAAAAACCAAAGUCAACCUCAACUGUCAAAAUGAUGAAAAAGGUCAAGGAAACGCUUUGUCUACACAGCAUCUUAGUUGGCAUGCGCCCGAAAACUGUCCAUGCAUGUUGAGUCCUGGCCCGGAGAUCCGACUGGAUCCUUUCAUCAGGAAACACAGUGACGCUGACAGGACUGCAUAGUAAGUCUGACCAACAGGACUUCAAUGUAACAUCGCCAAGGGGUUUCUCGAGGGUUCUUGAGUCGAUUCAAUGAUAGUCCGCCUCAAGUAUUGCUCUAAGUAUGUAUCAUUAUGAUGGAGCUAUAUGGGCCCUCAAACUGUUGACUUUCCCACCGAUUCGAGGGUUCGGAAUUCGUGCAAGAGAGAAUAGAAAUGCAGAGUACCCACACCUGCGUUACUGACUAUCCUGCGAGCGACAUGUGUCUGAGACUUGUCUAUCGUCUUUGUUGUAAUAAGAGACACUGUACAAGCUGGACCAAUGAAGUCUGUGCUUGGCAAAGAAAACCAAGUCGUGGUGUGUGUUUGAAAUUUCUUGAGAAAGAUGCGAGCCUUUUUCCACAAGCGCUAGAUUAACUCUCAAAGCACCGUAAGAUUUUCAUCACAUCGCAUCACAGUGAAAGCGCAUACAUGUUCACACAGACAACGAAGCAAAGGGAAUAAUGACUUGAAGCCCGGCUCAAGAAGUGU